AUGUCCUUCAUCCAAGUGGUGGUACAAUCAGAGGCAAAUUUCGUGAGAAAUCGUGCUGCAUUAAUUUGCUCUCUUUUUGAUAGCAUUCUGAAACAACGUGAACUGGAAUAUCCCCAGGAGGGUGGGAUCCUCAAUAGCGUGCAGGGUAUUGAUAUUAAUACUCAUAGCUUCCAAAGUGACUUUUGUAAAUUCCCGGACCAUACUGGUCAGCUUACCAGCAUCAACAACUCUAUCCAGGUGAGUCAAAUAUGUCACAAACAUUAUUAGAAUUAUCCAUGAAGUCAUUCAGACACUUACAGUGAAAAGCUGGGUUCAUAAGUUGCUGUCGCUUGCGCCAUGGUACUUCAUUUGUAUUCGAUACCAGUCCAUAACCAGCUCCCCUCCACCAUAAACAAAAUCAAAUUGAGGAUAGAAAAAUGAACUUUUAAACAGGCUGGCAUGAUUAUUUAUGUAAACAUGUCGCAAAUAGGUAGCGUCUCCCAGAAAUACAAUAGGCUUGUGAAUAAAAAAUAAUAUAUUAUAAAUAUUGGCCCGUAUUCGAGUCGUUUUCCCAGUAGAAACUCGCUCGUCGUUCUGCCAAUUUCAGCUUUGUAUUUCCACAUGUCUGGGAGAUGACCCAAUAUGAAACUCGAACGAGGUGGUCCUGGUAAAUGAUCGUUGAUUUUGUGGACAUAAUACCAAUAUGCCACAAAAAGAGAACACAGCCAAAACAUCCAAGCAAAAUUGUGGUGAGGAUGUAUGAAAUUAAACAUAGAACUGUGACAGCCAGGGCCUUUCAGAGGAGGGGCAAUUUGCCCCGGGUCCCCAGUUUUAAGGGGCCCCAAAAUUUGCAAAAUUACCAAAAAAUAAUUUGGGACGUUUUUUGAUAUGAAGAAUGGUAUGAGAAAAAAAUUCUAGACUUAAAUUAUACAGAUAUUGGUUUUCCCAAAAUUUUUGGGAAAAAUAGGAGAUGUUAAUAAAUUUAUUUUUAGUCGAAAAUUUGAUCGCUUAGGCCACAUUGUUACCAUGGUACAUAAAUAGCAAAUCCCCAUUUCACAUAAAUAGCAAAUAUUUUUCGUAAUUGUGCAGAUCUUAUUUUUCGCUAACCACAAGUUCUUGUAUAAUACUUGUGCUGUGUCGAUUAAUUAAAACCAGCCACUUCUAUCGAAUAGAAAGUUCAGCAGCAAUAAAUUCAACGAAUUAAAUUCGACGGAAAUUGAAUGGACUAUUUAGUUCUCGACUGCACGCGGGCUAUAUCUCCUUCGCAGAGGUGUUCUUAGUUUGACAUGCGGGGCUAUAUACCCACGAAUUGUCAGGCAUGCGGGUAAUUUACUGAAUGCGCGCAGCUUCCCUUGCUUCACCAAUUACCCGUAAUGCCUUACAUUUUCAAGGUAUACAGCCCGCGUGUUAAACUAAAAUUAAAGCCUCAGUGAAGGAGUGUAGAACUAUAGUGAGGUAUAUGUCUAGAUGUCUUUAAUUUUUCCCCACAGAGAGAUAAAGACGUGGAAAAAGUUAUGAAGAUGGACCAGACUAAAGAGAACAAAGCGCGGAUGCAAGAAGCUAGAGUUAAUUCGUACAGCUUCUAGUAAGAUCGCAGAUCGCGAGGCAAAUACGGAACGCGCUCGACGUAUAUAAAGGAGGAUAAAAACGAGAUGAGGACGUCGAGCGACAAGAGACUGUCGAGUUGUUGUUGAAUGCCCAGAAACAGUUAUUGGAUACUUCCUGUGGCCAUCUGCAGGUGGGUAAUGUUCCGAUCUCGUUCCCAGGCUCUUCCCUCUUGAGGAGUUGGUUGGCCGAUCCCGAGUAAUUAUUUUACAAUACUGCCAAACAUUUUUUUAGGGCUCACUGCCGCUCACAUUGAUACCAGUUCUUUUGAACUGACGAGACUAUCCUGGUGAAAUAAACUUGAUUUGCCAUUUGAUUUUGAUUUGAUUACUUACAAAUUCCGUGGUGACACUUUCCAGAACUGACACAGAAUACAAAUGUGACGCUAAAUUCUCAAAAUUCUCACCAUCAGAAUUCUGUCAAAUGUUCCUCCAAAAUCCAGGAAAUGGCCUUUCAGAGACAAUUGUUUUUAAUAAGAAUAAUGUCGAAUGUUUGUCCCACAAUUACUGGAAUAAACCCCAACAGAAUUUAGAAUUUCCAAAAUAUCAUGUUGUACCCCUCCCCCCCCCGCCGCCAAUUCUGGACACUUUUGGAGAGCCCCCUUGUUAACAUUCCAGGACUACACCACUGACACGCACUUGUAAUGAUUACCACGUUACCUUCUCGCUCUUCUCAGUCUGACAAUUAACUUUCUACGCUUCUCGAGGAAAGAGCCUGGGUACGAGGUUGAUACUUUCCUUGUUGUUUUUCUCUAGAAUGAAAAUCUGAAACAAAAUGCAAAGCUGGUUCAGUUUCUCAAAGCACGACAAAAUGUUCUCGGUGACAUACGGAAUCACGGUAGUGCUGGAUGUUCUACAGCGGAUGAAAGUAGGAGAAA